CCUCACAUUCCCACCUCACACAGCCAACAAUCUCAAUGGCAGAACCGACUGACGAAAAGCGCCGCCACGGCGAAGAAGAAGAGGACGAUGACGAGGAAGAAGCCGACGAGUCGGGCUACAAGACGGUCAAAGACGCGGUGCUAUUUGCGAUUGAUGUCAGCGACUCCAUGCUCAGGCGCCCGCCUCCUUCAGACGACAAGAAAGCAGAUCGCGACUCGCCGACGUCUGCUGCGCUGAAAUGUGCGUACCAAUUGAUGCAGCAGCGCAUCAUCUCUCACCCAAAGGACAUGAUGGGCAUUCUGCUGUUCGGCACCGAGGACACCAGGUUCGACGAGAUAAAUUCCGGAGACCAGUCCUAUCCCCACUGCUACCUCCUAGCAGAUCUGGAUGUUCCGGAAGCAAGCGAUGUCAAGCGAUUACGUAGUCUAGUUGAGGAUGAAGAGGAAGCAGCAAAACUCUUGGUUCCGGCCAAAGAGGGCGUCACCAUGGCCAAUCUCCUCUUCUGCGCGAACCAGAUAUUCACGACAAGGGCACCCAACUUCUCAUCAAGGAGAUUGUUUCUCGUCACAGACAACGACAAUCCUGCGGCCGACAAGGGAGCCAAGGAUAAUGCUAUCACCCGAGCGCGAGAUUUGUACGACCUGGGCGUCAUUAUCGAGCUCUUCCCAAUCUCAAAGCCUGGAGUGGGCUUUGAUCGCGCCAAGUUCUACGAUGACCUCGUCUACAGUGCCUCUCCGUCAGACCCAGACGCACCCGCCCCAAUAUCUUCCGCAACCAAAGUCUCAUCCAGUGGAGACGGCAUAAGCCUACUCCAAUCUCUCAUCUCUUCAAUCAACUCGAAAGCCGCUCCUCGUCGCGCUUUAUUCAGCCUUCCCUUAGAACUAGGACCAGACCUCCGCAUCGGUGUCAAGGGCUAUGUGAUAAUCAAGCGGCAAGCGGCUGUGAAGUCUUGCUACAUUUGGAUGGGUGGAGAGAAUGGCGAGAAGAAACAACUUGCCGUUGUCAACACGAUGCCGAUGACCGACGACAGCGUACGUGCGGUGGAAAAGGUCGAUCUUGUGAAAGCAUACAAAUUUGGAGGUGAAGCCGUCACUUUCCCCCCUGAACAGAUCAAGUUGAUACGUCAAUGCUUUGGGGAUCCCAUCAUUCGAAUCAUUGGCUUCAAGCCAGUUUCCAUGCUUCCAAUAUGGGCAAAUACUAGGACUCCAACCUUCAUCUAUCCUUCAGAAGCGGACUACAUUGGUUCUACCCGCGUCUUUUCGGCACUUCAACAGAAGCUACUAAAAGACAACAAAAUGGCGCUAGUGUGGUAUAUCGCUCGGAAGAACGCUGGGCCAGUGAUAGCCGCUCUCGUGCCCGGAGUAGAGAGACUAGGUGAGGGAGGCGAGCAAGUAAUGCCGCCUGGUAUGUGGCUUAUCCCUCUACCAUUCGUGGAUGAUAUUCGGGACAACCCGGACAUCUCUCUUGUGAAGACGACAGAUGACUUGACAGAUCUGAUGAGGAACGUUGUGCAACAGCUGCAACUGCCAAAGGCAAUAUAUGAUCCAUCGCGAUAUCCGAAUCCUGGAUUACAAUGGUUCUACAGAAUCCUCCAAUCUCUAGCUCUGGAAGAAGACAUGCCCGAGAAACUGGAAGACAAAACAGUGCCCAAAUACAGACAGAUCGAUAAGCGCGCUGGCGAGUUUGUUGUCGAAUGGGGCCAAGCCCUCGAAAGUGAACAUGCACUACGCUUGAAGAACCGAUCCAAUGCUGCCGCGUUGAAACGUGAAUCCGCCACCGACAAGUUAUCUGGCCCGCUACCAAAGCGAAUCAAGACCGAGCGUGGAGCAACACCCGCUGGAGAAGAUGAGGCGGAUUCAGACGAGAAGAUGCUACGAUUUCGCAAAACAGGGGCAGUGAGAACGCUUACGAUGGACAGGCUGAGGAAGUAUUUGGGUUCCAGGGGCCUUGGAACCAAGGGCAAGAAGGGAGAUCUUGUUCAGAGGGUGGAGGAGUACCUAGAGACAAUAUAAACGCGUAGGUCGAGACAACGGCAAACGGCUACGUAAGGAAUUAACGAAGUUAACAAUGCUUUCGGUGU